AUGAGGGACGGCAUCACGAAGGACAAGGCGAGGGACGACGGAGCCAAGAUGAGGCCGGACGGCAAGCACUCCAAGGACGGGAAGGAGGAGCAGGCGCUGGGCGAGAAGACCCGGGUCAAGUGGCCCUUGCAGCGCCGCACGACGGCCGGCAAGAAGGAGAAGACGCGGGUGAAGCGGUCCUUGCAGCCCCGCUGCAGGACGGGCGGCAGCACCCUCCUUCUGGUAUGGAUGAUGAUUCUCGUUCGUGCGCAUGCCGUGCAGUGUGGUUACGUCCCCGUUGACGUAACCACGGAAGAAUUUUAUCUUACGGAGCGACCGCACGCCGAGAUAUUUGGCAUAAUCUACAAUAUUGCCAUCGACGUCAUCCCGAGGCUGGAAGUGAGGGGCCAUCACUUCCUGGGCGUCAAGGACCCCGAGCGUCUCGACCUGGGGGGUGACGGCUCCGCGCCGGGGAGGUGGAUCAAGGUCCCCUUGCGCGGGGAGACCGACGAGGACCGGGUGACGCUCUGCUUCGCCGACACCGACCUGUACCUGCUCGCAUUCAUGAACAACGUAGGCACCUGGCACUGCUUCCGUGGGUACGAGAACAUGUUCCCAGGGUGCGUGGUACUGAAUCCCGUCACCGACAAGAAUCACCCUGAUUUCUGGAACGAGCAAUAUCCACAGCUCAUAACGGAUGGUUUUAAGAAGAUGCACACGGUACCCCUAGGGAAGAGGUCGGCGUUAGAAGCGGCGCGAAUUCUUGGCCGCCAUAGACACGGCACGACGCCCCUGCCUGAGCUUAAGUCCGCCUUGCUUCGGAGCAUGAUUAUGUUUAGUGAAGCCUUCAGAUUCCGAGUGAUCCGCGAAGCAUUUAGCGGCGACCUGUGGGAGACGGAGACGCACCUCACCCAACCACAAGCAGCGCUAGUAGUCAACUGGACCAAUAUAUCGGUGCUCCUGUGGAAAUGGGACAGGGAAGGCAAGUGGCCUGAGAACCGCUUAAGUCGUGCCGUGAAAGAUGAAACCGAGAUCUCAAGCGCCGAAGAGGCCCUUGAUGUCGUUGACCUCUUGAGGCGCCCACGCGCAGUACGUAUCCGUGUUGCUGGGAAGGGAGAUUAA